AUGAGACAACCUGACUCUCCGACCAUCAUAUCAAACUCGAGCUCAUCGCAAGAAGAUUAUGGAGCAACUCGAGCAAAAUAUGCCACUCUUAGAGAAGAUAUACACUCAAAGAAAAGGAACGUUGAAGGUAUGAAAGACAAGAUAUACCAGCUCACACGCGCCAUUACUAAUAUGAUGGCAAGAGAUAAUGGGGCUAACAAGAACGCUUUUGCUUAUGUUCCUCCACCCGUGGAUAGUAAUCCACUAUAUGGAUUCAUCUCUAAUAUCCAAGGUACUAAAGCUGAUAUCACUCAACUAAAGACGAACGUCCCUCUUCCGGAAGGGUCUGUUCCAAUUUUGGUUCAGAAUGGGGCAUUCCGUCCUACACAAGUACCAGUUCCACAUGACAACUACCUAGAUUUAAGCCAGAAAUACGAAGAUGAAGGUCCAAGGUAUAUGGAUCAAAAGAAUAAACUGGCUACUCACCCAGUUACUACUAUUGGGGAACCAAGGGUGGACAAAAAGUAUAAGAUACUGGAGGAAAGGCUAAGGGUUGUUGAAGGCUUCAAUAUAUUUGGAGUUGAUGCAAUAGAAAUGUGUCUAGUACCUGAUGUGGUCAUACCUCUAAAAUUUAAAACACCAUAUUUUGAGAAUUAUAGAUGUGUCAAUUGCCCUAGGAAUUAUCUUCGGAUGUUUGUCAGAAAGAUGGUUGCCUACGCGGCAAACGAGAAGCUGGUGAUGCACUAUUUUCAAGACAAUUUAAGUGCGGCAUCCUUAGAUUGGUAUAUACAGUUGGAGAGAACUCAUGUCAAGACCUUGGAAGACCUUGCUAAUGCUUUCCUAAGGCAGUACAAGUAUAAUUUGGACACGGCUCCUAAUCGUAUGCAACUGCAAAACCUAUCUCAUAAAGAAACUGAAUUAGUUGAUAUGUUCAUGGGCACCCUUCAAGUCCCAUACUACAAGAAGAUGAUAGGGUCUGUGUUAACGGGAUUUACUGACCUGGUGAUAAUUGGAGAAAGAAUUGAAAAUGGUUUGAAGAGUGGCAAGAUUAGAAAACCUUCCUCUAGUCGACAUAAUUCCAGGAGAUACUCCAACAAUAACAAUUCAAAGAAGAGAGGGACCAAUGUUGUUACAAUCGACGGAUAUUCCCAGAUACCUUACUAUCCUUAUGUGGUAGUAGUAAAUCCUGGUCAAUAUCCACAACAGGUGUACCCUAUACCUCAAGUUCAACAACCUGGAAUGCUGCCUCCACAGAAUCAACAACAGUGGAAUGGGUAUCCCCGAAGGGACCAACAUGGGCCUAGGAAUGAAUUUGAUCCCAUACCUAUGACACAUACUCAGAUCUUGCCAUAUUUAAUUCAAAGAGGGUUGGUGGAGCCUAAACCUCUUGUGCCUCCGUCAACAUCUCCUCCUUGUGGCUAUGAUGUUAAUGCCAUAUGUGACUUCCAUGCUGGUUCGCUAAGGCAUACUACUGAGAAUUUCCUGGCUCUCAAAUUCAAAGUACAAGAUUUGCUCAACUGUAAGAUUAUUUCUUUCGAUGCAGAGAAUCCAAACAUAAAGAAUAAUUUGAUGUUAUGGCAUAAUGGCCCAACUGUCAAUGCCAUCAAAGGAUCAAAAGAUAGCAUCCUAAUCAAGGAGGUAGAUCAAGUGAAAACCUAUAUGGCUAGGAUACGCGAGAAACUGAUUGGGUAUGAGAUGUUUGGGAAGCUACACGCCGAUUGCAAAGUUUUCCCGCUUAAAUCGGGCAAGUGUGAGAAAAUGAAAAGGUGUAUGCAACUGAUGAUGGAUCAAGGUGUGGUUCAAAUUGGGUACUCGAAGAAAGUAGAGGAUAUUUCAGCCAUAUUCUUAGGGGAACUCACCCAUUGA